CGUUGGUUAUCUAGAACUUAAUAGUAGUAAUCCAUUCGACCAACCGAAGAUAUUCUUAAACUAUUUUAAAAAGUCUGAUGAUUUAUAUAGAAUGAUUAGCACACUUAAAUUAUGUCGUGAAAUAUUUAAACAACCACCACUAAACACUGUUUAUAAUGUUAAAGAAAUUGGAAUUAAUGAUGAAUUUGGUCAAUGGUGUACUAAUGGUGAUGAUAUGAGUGAUGAAGAUUGGGAAAGGUUUAUUUUGACUAAGGCACAAUCUAAAGAUGGAAUAGUUAAUCAUCGACUUCAAGUUUAUGGUACGAAAAAUCUUCGGGUUGUUGACGCCUCGAUAUUUCCAUAUAUCCCAAGCGGAAACCUGAAUGCACCUACGGCUAUGGUUGCUUGGAGAGCGAGUCGAUUAAUCAUUGAGGAUUAUAUGGAAACAUCUUAA